ACAAAAAUGGCUCAAGUACACCCUCAAAAUACCGAGAGAAGAAUUAACUGGUUAAAGAGAUUUCAAUAUGAUAAAGAAAGGGACUCACCAAAUGAUGUGCGAAAUGUUUUGCUGGUAAUUGCCACACUGAUUGCUGCAGUGACCUUCCAAGCUGGGGUGAAUCCUCCUGGUGGAGUCUGGCAGGAUGAUAAUGGUAUCAAACCUGCCGCUGGGGCGAAUCCUCCUAGUCCUGGAGGAGAACGGCAGGAAUACAAGUUUGAAGAACAUCAUGCCGCUGGCAGAGCAAUUUAUGCGUCUCAAAAACAUCCUUACUAUGUUUUCUUGAUGUCAAACACUUUGGCAUUCUCCGCAUCAUUACUUGUUAUCCCAUCUCUCACUUACAAGUUCCCUUUCCACUUUGAGAUUUGGGUUGCCACAGCAUCAAUGAUGGUAACUUAUGCUUCUGCAAUUUUUGCUGUUACCCCUCGUGAAUCUGUGCAUUUUCGCUAUCUCUUGAUUACAGCUGCAGUGCCUUUUAUCACAAGGUUUUUGAUCCAGAAGCUUAACAAAAGCAGUAAAAACUCUCAGAAAGAUGAAGAAAUAGGUGGGGAAACAGGCCAAAGUGUGUAGAUGUAAGAGCUGUGGGCAAGGCCGACAUAAGCUGGUUCAUUUCUAAUUUGUCCUUGGCCAGGAUGGUGUUUUUCUUUUUCUCAUUCUUGUAUCUCUUGUUUCCCUGGGUUGUAUUCUCUGUACCCUCUAUCUUCUAAUGUGUUUUUUUCCCUUAAUAAAUUUGCAUCCUGGUUUACAAAAUUGAAAGGAAAAGCCGGUAUGGGCUUCUUAUGAUUGGAGAUUCAA